CAUCUGCAAAGCCCGACGCACAAUGAGGGCCAUAGAUGCGCGCUAUCAGUCUUUAAUUAUAAAUCAUGAAGAUGUCAAGCUGUUUUCAGACUUAUGAUUCAUUCCAGCCGUAUUAAGAAAGUGUCAUCCGUCUCGUCUCUUGGAAUGAUUCACAGAACUGCGACUCAGUCACACUACCAGGACCAUUAGCGAUAAGAUGCCCGAAAGCGGAUAUUUUAUGGAGAUCAGAAGGAGAUAUUUUCCAUGGUGGAGAAAUUAGAGAUAAAUCAUGGAAGGGACGACCGGAAAUGAAGGCAUCCAAAAAUUCACCUGUGGGACUCAGAGGCCAGGCCAACAGCCCUCUUCAUCUCAGGACAUGGACAGGAAGGGCAUAGUGAUCCAGCUAACGGGUACAGAGGGUGAAUGGGACAGUCUUGAUGACAAUGACCUCAUAUUCACUUUAGAAUGUGAUGGCCGAAAGUCACUCAGCUCCCUCCCAAAGCAAAGGCCAUGUUCGGUGGACAUUCAGCCUGAGGAGGAUUGGAGCCUCAACUCAUCUGCAUUCAAUGUUCCUCUCUCGCCCUCUUCACCAGGCUCCCUAGGAGAUCCUUUAACCUUGGGCUCUGGCUUCCUUUCACCUACACACCGGCCUCUGGCCAGCUUAGUGAAGUCUUUGUCAACAGAACUAGAACUGAAAGAGUCCUCUCUGAAGCCCAAGCCACUCCUAAGCCUGGUCAAGUCAAUUUCUACAGAGCUUUCCCGGAGUGACCCGGAAGUGUCUCAAUCCAAGUCAGAUUCCAAGAUCAAUCUGCACCUGUGGACGCAGUUCACCCAGCCGAAAGGUCACAAUGGUGACUCCCGUACUGCCCCUCCUUCUCCAGUCAACCUGUCCCCGACUGAGCCCAAAGCUAGCUUCUUCAAAAUGGAGCUGGAGGACACCCGACGUAAACUCUCUGAGGCCAUGCAGGAACCUCUUAGUAUGUUCAGUAAGAUCAUGCGGGAGGACAGUGUCGCCAGUCCCAAGCACCAACGGAGCACAGGGUCAUUGGACUCCCCAAGCUACAAAGGCUUUGGAGUUGGGAAAUCGAAUACUGACUUGACAGCAAGUGAAUCUCCUAAGAGUGCCAGGAAAGCAGAAUGUGAGCUUCCAGAGUGCAAAUGGACUGUGAGACACAGAAAACGGUGUGUGCACAAAUCUUGCCUUUCCCAUGAUCACCAUUGUAGACAGGGAGAUUUUGGGCCCAUGAUGGAGUCCAACACUCCAAAUAUGAAUAGAACUGCUCAGCCAGGUGUGGCAGAAGAUGUGAGAGGGCAGUAUUCCUCUCCAGUUCCAGGAGCUGGACUUGUUUAUGUAGCAUUGAUAUCAUACUGCUACUUUAUCUUGCCUUUGUCAUCUUAUUGGUCUGGUCUGUUCCUUGGGUUAGCAUUUGGACUGAUGUUGGGGCUUGUACUUAUCCGAUGGGGCUCCACCAAUCACCAACAUAGACUAAAUAGGACCCACUAUGAUAACAUUCUCUUUGAGACACUACAAAACAAAGUGUACUCUCUCAAGGGCUGGAUGAAUGAGAUUUACACAUAUGAUCCUGAGACUUUCCACCCAUCCCUCAUGCACUCUGUGUAUGCCACUUUGGAAGGACCCUAUUUGUGGCUUGACUACCCCCGUAACAACAUUCCCCACUGGGCUAGCUUUGAUGAGCCCUGCUAUGAAAAGAUUUUCACCCACUCUCGGGUAUUUCGACUCACUGGCAGCAAGGUAUUUCUUCUGCCAUUGGCUUUGGCACACAAGAGAGUGUGGAACAGGAAGUAUCCCAUCUGUAUAAAUGUGGCAGAAGGAGAAAGAGCUGUGGAGGAGGAGGAGACCAUAGAGGGGCAGGGGGAGACUCAGAGAGCAGAGAAACCCACUGGCUCAGUGAUCAAAGACAGUCAACCUGUCACACUUUACCUCUUUGGACGAACAGGACGGGAGAAAGAGGAGUGGUUCCAUCAACUAAUUUCUGUGUCCAUUCACAAUGAAGAGGAUCAUUGUGAAUACAUAUUUGGUGACAAGUCUGCAUUGCAUAAAGAGAACCCUUUGGGUCUGUCACAUGGUGGUGAAUUCUCAAGCAGAGAGUGCACUGAGGAUAUGUUGCAUAGUGACCCGGUUGGCAGAGCAAAAGAGAACAUUUUACCCGAUUAUACCUCUUACAUGACCAAUCUCAUCUCCUCAGUACAUGCCAGUCCUCUGGCAAGCCCUUGCCACAGCAGUACCCAGGGUAGUCCCACUGACAAAGAUCAGAACUUUUGUUGCCAAGAGGAUGAAACAAAGCCUGUCUGGUUGAAUGCACUGAUUGGCCGGAUCUUUUGGGACUUUCUCCAAGAGAAGAACUGGGCUGAUCAAGUUCAGCAAAAGAUACAACGAAAGCUGAGCAAAAUCCGGUUGCCUUACUUCAUGGAUGAGCUAGCCCUCACUGAACUGGCCAUGGGCUCCAGCAUGCCCCAGAUAACAUGCACGUCCAUGCCACAGGUCAACAGCAGAGGCCUUUGGUUGCAUUUGGAGGUGGAGUACACAGGGGCGCUACAGAUGACUCUAGAGACCAAAAUCAACCUCUCCAAACUUGGGAAGGAUGGAGUCCUUGAGACAGACACAGAGUUGGAGACCAUCAAUGUGCUCAGCAGGUCCAAGCUCUCUGUGCUGGCUGACAGUGAUGAGGAAUCCUCAGGUACAGGAUCCUCUGAUGAAGAGGAAAUUUCAUCUGUUGACACACAAGGAGCUCUGGCAGAGAAGACUGUACCUGGUGCUGAGGGAGUUGCGGCUGGAGGCAGCACUAGUAGGCGGAUUUUGAAAUUCGUUGACAAAAUUGCCAAGUCGAAGUACUUCCAGAAGGCCACAGAAAAUGAAUACAUUAAAAAGAAGAUUGAAGAAAUGUCCAACACCCCUUUGCUGCUUGCUGUGGAAGUUCAAGAGCUCUCGGGAACGCUUGCUGUCAACAUUCCACCUCCCCCCACCGACAGAAUUUGGUACAGUUUCUGUGUGCCCCCGAAGCUCGAUCUAAGAGUCAGACCCAAACUCGGAGAGCGAGAAGUGACUUUCUGUCAUGUGACGGAGCUGAUUGAAAAGAAGCUGCAGGAUGAGUUUCAGAAAGUAUUUGUUUUGCCCAAUAUGGACGACAUAUACCUGCCACUAAUGAACUCUGGAAUGGACAGCCUACCAGCUUCCCAGCAACACCCUGCACAGCUCUCUUAGAAUUCCUAUGUGGCCUCCACUGACAGGUGUGAUCUGAAACACACUGUGGAAUGACAGUAGUGCCUCCUUGUGGACAGACAUGAAAAUUUCUCACUCAUUCUUAGACAUCCUCUAGUAAGCUUCAACUUUAUUUAAAUAUUACUGCACAAAGUGUCAGUAGCCUCCAAACAUGAUCUCUCAUACAUAAUUUAGUUUAUUAGACAUCUCCCAAUACAUUCCCCUCUCUUGGUAUCUUAUAGGAAUAGUUCGCCCCAAAAAAAUAUUAUUCGCUCAUCAUUUACUCACCCUUAUGCUGUUUCAAGCUUGUAUGACUUUGUUUCUUCUGUGCAACACAAACUAAUUUUUUUAAAGGAGAUAUGAUGUGUUUAUAUUCAUACAAUUCAAGUCUACUGGAUCCAAAACUUUCAAGAUAUAAAAGAAGCAUAAAGGGUGGUUUAAUCCAUGUCUUUUGAAGAGAUAAGAUCACUUUUGGGUGAGAAACAGACCAAAAUGUAACUCCUUUUUUUUUUGUAACUUCUUGCCACAGUCAUAAUUUGAAGCUCAAUUCCACUUCCAAGCGCUUGACCCAAGUCAAGAUUUAUAAUAAAAAAGGUGUCACAUUUCGGUCUGAAUUAUCAUUUUUGGAUGAACUAUUCCUUCAAUUGACCAGUUCGGUCUUUCUUUGUAAAUAAACCACUUUAUUGUUUAUGUCAUGUCAUGAGUUUUUAAAACAAAAUAUUUUUAUUAUAAACCCUUGAAAGUUAAAGAUCCACAAUAGUGUGAAUAAAAAUAAAAUAAAAUUACAAUCAUUGAAUAUAGCUAUUUGUUGAGGUUGGACAAGUUUUACGCAUUGCAGAUGUGUUUGUUUUAACUUAAACAAAAAUACUGAGCAUCAAAGAUUUGACAUUUUCUGUCAAGUAUCACUUCAAGAUUGUAAUGCCUAAUCCCAAGCAGGCAUUUGAAUGUUUCAUUAAUUGUUUUUUGAUGAUUUAUGUUUCACUGCCUCUCAAAUCUUUGAAGCUGGGGUGUGCAAAGAAAUACAGAAGAUAACCUUUAUUUAAAUUAUUAGUCAUCAUGCAUCUUUCUAUAAAGAUAAUAAAUCUGUAA